AUGAUGAUGACGACGGUGCGGCGCCGUGCAGUGUGCGCCCUGGUGGUUCUCGCGCUGCUGUGCGGCUGCUGCUCCUUCGUGUGCGGGGCGACGCAUGAGGCGAAAGAGAAGGCAAAAAGGGGUGCUGGGGAGGGUGGAAAAGCCGUUCUGCAAGCUGCUUUUCAGGAUUCGGGCGCGUCUCUCUCGCAUCGUUGGGAUUUUCCUCCUGUUCCCGUUGGCGGUGGGGCCUCCGUGGGUAAACAAAGUCAACGGCCCGUACUGCAGAGUAAUCCUCGCACUCCCGCGCAAGGUAAUGCUGUUACUGACCCAUGUUGUGCGCAGGACUGUGAUGUGCGUGUGCCUGGUCGCCCUCCUUGUCUGCCGUACGCUGCGAGUUUUGCUGGCCAGCCUUACGCGGCUGGUGGAACUUCUGGCCAGACUCCGAGCGCUUACCCACCAGCACCUCAUUUACAUAACGUGAAGGGUGUUGGAGGUCAAACACCUUUCACCCCUACCACUACUGGUCGCUCUGGCACGGAGAACAGCAUGCCCACAGCUGCAGGUCCUGCUGGUGCCGUUGGCGCUUCUGGAAAGCAGCACCCUCCCAUCGCCGCUUCGUAUUCAGAAACAGGAAUUGCUGGUCUCUCUCUCAGCACUGAAAGGGACCCUUUACCUUCCCAGGGGCGUCAUUCCCCUCCUGAUGGCAUUGCUUUUCCGCCUCAGCAGAAUUAUGGGGGGCCCGCUUUUUCGAACCUUCACGGUGGCGAUGCCGAGGGUGGCGGUGGUUUCCCUGGUGCAGCGCUUGUGGGGCGGCAUUUCGUUCCCCCGCGUACGAUCGCCGGAAAGCCAUCGGAUGAAGGGGCAGCGAAUCAACAGAAUGCGGGUAGGACGGCUGAAGGUGAGGCCAAUGCGAAGGUGGGCGAAGCAGGCGAUGUGACACGCAACAGCGGCCCGGUCGCCGUCACUGGCCCCGGCAGCAACAAUGAAGGUGGCCAGGCAUCUGCUGCUGCUGUUGCAGGGACAGCUCUCUCGGUGCAGACGAACAGCCAGAGCUCUGCCGAGGGUGGGGCGACGAGAGAGGUGGCGGCUUCCGGCUCUCAGGAGCCAAGCAGUGCGUCGCCGUCCGGUCCAGGCACCCCCGCUGGGGCGACUCAGGAGAACAGCCGCACGGGAGCAGCGGAUGCAGGAGGUGCUCACAGCGGAGGAGCAGGGAACGCGACUUCUGCCUUCGCAGCCCGCAACAACAGCCGUGGGGACCUGCUGCCGACGCGUGCCGCUGAGGAUGACACUGUAUGCGGGCGCCGUGUGCUGCCGACGCUGCUCCUGUUGGGGUUGUGGGUGUUUGCGGCUAUGUGA